AUGCGGCGGCGUGGACGGCAGGCCAUGGUGGCUGCUGCUGUGGCUGCUACCGCUCUUUUGGUUCUGAUUGCUCUUGCGUCGUCAUCAUUGUCUUUGUCUCGCACGAACUUGCUAGGCUCUGGUAGAAUGAUGUUGGCAUAUGAUGGUAUGUACGACACGCCGCCUGUCACAUGGUACUUUCCCGGUUCUCAACAGGAAAACACGCUGGGGUACACGUGGAACAACGUUGAGUAUCAAACUCCCACUACCACUUACACACCUGGCAUUGUGACACAAGAUGGUAUUGCGAUGACAACGGCUGAUACGAUUGGCUUCUUAACUGGCCCUACCUCAACAGCCUACCCAUUUGGAACAAAUGUGGAAUACCAGUCAUAUAAGUCCAAAGCCAGAAGUAUGCUGGCAGAGCAACGUGACGAUUUCGGUAGAUUCGAGCAAUUGUCCGAUGCUGCUUUGGCAAAAGAGUUCAGGAACAUUCGAGCGGGGCAUAAAGAUGAUUUCACUCGGAAGCUCGACAAGUACUUCGAUCGGCACAGGCAGACCUUUGCAAGUACAGGAGCCUCGAAUAAGCAAGAGAGGAAAAGCAAAGAUUCCAAUACAGGCGGAUUAGAAAAACUUCUUUCUCCCGCAUCUUGGGAUGCACCGUCGUCUCCAAGCAAGAAGAAGAACACAAGAAAGCAAAGUUUGAUGAAGAUCGAUCCUUUCGAAUAUGACGUUCACUCUCCGGAGAAGGCUGAUAAUGUACUGGGGAAUGGAUAUGUGAAUGUUGCGCCAUCAGGAUCAUCCAGCAAUCAGUUUGUAUUUCAAAAUGAUGUGCAAUACCAGAGCCCUGCUGUAGGUGCAAAUACUCAGUUGAACGCGUACCCCGCCUAUCCAACUCCUGCAUACUCCUUUCACGUGAAUCAUGGAGGUUGGCUUCCAAAUGUUGAUGGCGAAAUCUGGGCAUACAGUGGAAAGAAAGGUCCUAAUCAUUGGGGUGAUAUCAAAGGUUCAUAUGGAGUCUGUGCGAACGGACAAAAUCAAAGUCCGAUCAAUUUUGAAUUGAACGUCUUGAGGGAUGAUAAUUUGAAAAUGCUUCGAUGGGUCGGUCCGACGGAUCCUUAUGAGGUCACAUUAAUCUCUCCGUUGUACAAGAAUGUGAUCACGGUCGAAGGAUUGCAAGGCACCAUGGUAGUAAACGACGAAGAAGUUGAGUUGAAGUAUGCUCAAAUUCAUACUCCCAGUGAACACAGACUGCAAGGAAGGCAGACUGCAGGAGAAAUCCAGUUUUAUCAUACGUCCAAAGGGUCAUCAGACGUCAAAGUGGUCGUCUCAGCCUUUCUUGAAGUCGGUCCUUACACUGCCUCAUCAUUACAAACGAUCAUGGAUGGUGUUGGAGGGUUUGAGGGCACCUACAAUCUUGACGCCAAUGGUCUUGCUGGUUCUUAUGUGUAUCCUCGAUAUGGUCAGGAUGUGAAACCAAGCAUUUGGUUUGAUACUGCAAAAAUGGCUGAGGAUGUGCUGGGAGCCGGAAGCAACUAUGCAAAUUACUAUACGUACUAUGGGUCCCUCACUGCACCACCUUGUACUGAGGGAGUAACGUGGAUCGUCCUUAAGACUCCAGUGCUUAUUUCUCCAAAUCAUCAUGCAGAUUUGCUCUACGAACAAGGGUAUACAGCAAGGCCAACUCAGCGUCUAUACGAUAGAGAGGUGUAUGACACAGCCACUGGAAGAUCUCUUGGAUUCCAAUCUCCUUCUGGUUGGUAG